AGCAAAUAAUGAAUCACUGCAAGAACCCAAGACUGAAAGAGUUGAUGAAGUUUAUAGCACAAGCAAAGCGUUCAUUGGACCCAUAUAUAAAAUUGAAGUUGUUCAGCAAUCCAAGGAAAAGAAAAACUACACCAACAGAAACCACCAAAAAGUGCCAAAAAUGCAUGGUGAUAGUUUUAAGAAAGAAAUGAUAUCCAAACGGAGUUUAUCCUGUGAUAUACCAAAAAUAGAAGAUGAAUUAUCCCAGUUCUAUAGUGAAAUUCAUCAGCUUGAAAGUGAUGAAAAUACCUUGGAUAAAGCUGAAAGAGACUUUCAUAAGCAGCCUGUGGAAUAUAACAAAUGGAAUCAAAUAGAGUAUGUCAGCUCUCAAGACCUAUCCUACAGUAAAACAGGUUCUAGUUGUGACGAUGGUCCAUGUUUUUACAGUGAACCCAGUGAUCAUAGAACAUGCACUGAACAGAAUCCCUACAAUGGGCAGAUGGGCCAUAGAACUGGCAAUGGACAGUCUUUUAAUAAUGAUAGAAAUGCAUGGGAAGCUGAAAAACCAUGUAAUAAACAAGCAGAUUCUAGAUUCUGGAAUGAUUCUAUUCCCUUUAAGCCUGGCUGGCAACAGGCACCUCCAUUUAUAGUACCUUAUGGCCCACCACCUCCCCAGUUCAUCCCUAAUUUUAAUUUUCAGGAGCUUGUUUCGUCAUCGCAUCAUUCAAAUUUCAGUUCUUCAAAUGUAGGUCCAUUUGAAAACACCCACAUUAACACAAGCUGUUCACCAGCGAAUAAAAAUAGUGACUGUUCUAGUAAUCCUAGUACUCCAAGUAUACAGACCAUUCAAAAUGGAUACAGUGCCCGUGAAGGGUAUAUAGGUAAUGGUUUCUGUGAAACUGGAACAUGUUGGAAAAAUGCUCAACAAACUGAAAGGUCAAGUAGUGUUUCUCAGCAAAUCCUGGAGGGCAGCUUAUAUGAGUCACAAAAGCAACUUCUGAUCCUGAGAGGCCUUCCAGGCUCAGGGAAGACAACAUUGUCUCGCAUUCUGCUUGGUCAGAGUCGUGAUGGCAUUGUGUUCAGCACCGAUGAUUACUUUUGUCAGCAAGAUGGAUGGUCAUAUAAUGUUGGUCAGCUUGGUGCUGCUCAUGACUGGAACCAAAAGAGAGCAAAGCAAGCAAUGGAUCAAGGAAGAUCUCCAAUUAUAAUAGACAACACUAAUACGCAAGCAUGGGAAAUGAAGCCUUAUGUGGAAGCGGCUCUAGGAAAAUUCUAUAGAGUGGAAUUCCAUGAACCAGACACAUGGUGGAAGUUUGACCCUGAAGAAUUAGAAAAGAGGAACAAGCAUGGGGUCAGUCGUGAGAAGAUUAUUCAAAUGCUGGAAAGAUAUGAAUAUCAAAUAUCUAUACCCAUUGUUAUGAAUUCAGUGCUACCUUUUCAUAAAACUUCACAAAGGCCUCCUCCACAAAGAAGACAGAGGUGGGGAGGCAGUUCAGACUCUUGGAAUACGUUCAGUGUUUCCAAUAGCUGAUAAGUUAGGGUUCAUUGAACUUAGGCCAGUUUGUUUGCAAUUUGAAAAUAUGUAAAUACUGCAAUCCAGCAUAGAGUUCAGUUUACUUGCAUCUAUGGAAAUUAAUGGAUUUAAGUUUCCUUCACUCUGUGUAGGAUUAUCAAACUAUUCAGCCAAUUUCUUUUGAGGCUUAAGUAAUUUUACUGUAGAUUAUUACCUCUUGGAGACUGUUUAUAAAUAAUGUAAAUAAAUGUUUAAUUUUAAAACUGA